GGGGCGAUCUCUGUCGACAGCUCUUUUCUCCCUUUCGCUCGCUGUGAAUCAAACAUUCUCGCCAACAUGCCUCAAGCGUGACGGUAAACUGGUUUAGCUGGGUGACGGGGGGAAAGGCAGCGUUAGAGGAAACUUUCGGCAGGUCACACCUGGACUAAGAAGCGAGAUAAAGCUGCGAAGAACAACAAAAACAACGCAGCGAAGAAGGCGACAUGACCGGCGUGAAGUUCAGCCUACGGGAAGCUUGACGGGUACACACCAAUGAGACCACAGCAUGGCACGCCGCUCUCAGUGUUCCUCUGCUGGGGAUAACCCCCUGGACCCCAACUACCUCCCUCCUCACUACCGGGAAGAGUACCGCUUGGCUAUCGACGCUCUGGUCGAGGAGGAUUUGGAGGGGUACUAUGAGUUCCUCCAAAAAGCUGAUGUGGUGGACUUUCUGUCGACGCCUGAAAUUCAGCACAUUCUGGGAUCUGUUCAGAGUCCCCAGCUGAUCAGCCUCCCUGAACAGCGUUUUCUGGAAAGCGGGGUAGAUGGCUCCUCAGACACUUACUGGCCAAUUCACAGCGACCAGGAUGUCCCGGAUUUGGACCUUGGCUGGCCUCACCUGCACCCCUUCAUUGCGCCCACAGAAGUUACCACUCUGGUUAACCCCCCUGAGCCGGACAUGCCGAGUAUCAAGGAGCAGGCCCGGCGACUUAUCAAGAAUGCUCAGCAGGUUAUUGCCAUAGCGAUGGACAUGUUUACCGAUGUUGACAUUUUUGCGGAUGUUCUCAAUGCUGCCAUGAGAAACGUUCCUGUCUAUAUCAUUCUAGACGAGCUGAAUGCACAUCACUUCUUGAGCAUGGUGUCCAACUGCAGAGUAAAUCUGCAGAGCAUUCAAUUUUUACGAGUGAGGACGGUGUCCGGCAGCACGUAUCAGUGCCGCUCAGGGAAAUCCUUCAAAGGUCAGAUGAUGGAUUGCUUUUUGCUGACUGACUGCAGGGCUGUGCUGAGUGGAAAUUACAGCUUCAUGUGGUCGUUUGAGAAACUACACCGCUGUAUGGCGCACCUGUUCUUCGGACAACUCGUCACUACCUUUGAUGAGGAGUUUCGGAUUCUGUAUGCUCAAUCCCAGCCACUGAUGACCGAAGAAGUGCUUCCUCCGAUGGAAGAUGUAAAUCCUUUACAAAAGAGGGAAUACCCCAGUGACAGACUGUCACUGUACAGGGAGCCCAGGAAGGUUUUGUCAGCCGACCCUGGUCAACCAGACGAAUGGAUUAGACAUCCGUGUGAUGAGCGAAUGGAUGACGAUUGGAGGAUGAUGUCCCUUAAAAGGAAGGAACCCCUGCGUGGCCCUGCGGAUGUGUACAAUCGGUUUCCUUCCCAGCAAGCACACAUGGAUCCGUCAUUUGAUCAGGGCCGCAGCAGGAUUCCCAUGAUGGAAAAUCGACCCUUUAAACGUCACGGCCAUGCUGAAGGUGUUCAAGGAAGAUAUUCUUCCCAAUUCCUGCAACCCCAGGGAAUGCCAGACUCUGAGACCCAGGGAAGACAUUUUUACAGGGGACAGCAGCCUUAUCCAGGAGCAGGACCGGGACCAGAAGCAGAUUACAGCGGCUAUGACAAGUUCUGGAACCAAAGUUAUCUGUCAGCAGAUCAAUACUCUGAACCUCAAGAGAUGCAACCACCUGAUUUUGACCCUGUUUUGAACUAUUUAUCAUCUGCCAAAGACUAUGACCAAAGCUCAGAGAAAUUGCUACCUGCAGCAGAUUUGCCAUUUAGUUCAUCUCACCCUAGAAGACUGAGUUUAAACCAACCAUAUGUGUGCCAAACCUCUCCCACGCCCUCAAGCCACGCUGAUCAGAAGCAGUUUCCUCGUGAGCCUAACAGUGACCGCAAGGAUCCUAUGGUUAAAAAGGGGCUGAGAAACUGGAGGAUUACCUCAUACCUCAGUGCAUAUGAUAAUUCAGGAGAUGAAGGCCUGCCAAUGGCAUCGCCUCAGGUACCAGAUGCUUUUGAAGAAUCCCUGAACACCAUACAGCAAACAGCGCCAGGGUUAGAUUUGUCCAUUCCUAAAAUCCCAAAUGUCAGAGAGUUCAAAGUUCCUGCUGUACCCAGGGUGAGUCAGAUACCAAAUUACGCCAAAGCAACUGGCAGAGAACAGCCUAAGGUAUUGCUCGAAGAACCUCCUGCAGUGUCAGAAGAACUCAAAACAACACCAUCCCCAUCAGAGUCAUCAUCCACAAACGAAGGGGAAAAGAGGACAGAGGAACCAGACCAAAAUGAGCCAAAGACCUCUGUUCUUCGAAGGUCAGAUUCUUUCCGGAGGAAAUACAAUGCCGGAGGAGUAAACAGGUGUUCCAGGUUAAGAUCCUCUCUGAUAUUCAGCUCUCUGGAGCAGCCACCUCCUCAAGACAGCCAAACUACCACUCCAGAGCAAAAAGAUGAAGAAAGUGACAAAACUGAGUCAGAAAAGACAAUACUACCCUUUGUUUCUCAUGUUUUGGGACCAAGAAGAGCUGCUGCCAGAGAACCUUUUGAAUGGAGUCGGUACCUAAAGCCAUCCACAGACACAUCCAAACCAGAUGAGGAAAGCACCAAAGGAGAUGAAAGCAAUUCAUCAAAGACAGAAAAUUCUAAAGAUGCUCCAGAAAAGCAGGAGGAAACAGGGUCAGUAAAACUGCCCAAAGCAGAGCAGGGUCAUUUUUCACCAUCAAUGCCUCGAUCUAAGCCUUCUAAACCUGAGCUACCCCAAACUGAUCAACCGCCCAAACCGUUAUCCACUCUUCCAACAUAUGUAGAUAUGAAUGAUCCUGAUGUCAGAUUAAUGUUUUUCAAAGAGUUGGCAGCAAAACGCAAAGCAAAAGCUGCAGAGAGCAAAGGAAAUGUUCAGGUGAAACCAGAAGCUGACCUAAAAAUCAACAGUGGUGUCAAAAAGGAGAGACCUGAACCAAAAGAAUCCUCAGAAAACUCAGCUUCCAAAACUGUGGGGGAAAAGAGUGCUACUGCAGACAGUGCAGGGAAGUCAGUGUCAGGAGUGAGUGGAUUUGCUAGUCUGUCUCUAGAAGCCAGUGAAAAGGUUGACAAGCCGGACAGAGAGAUCAAAAAUGACUCCAGUACCUCCCAGAGCUGUAAAGGACAAAUUAAAGAUGCAGAAGAUUUGGGUACAACAAAAGUGGACAACAAUCAGUCAGCAGAUCUUCCUGUUCUGAACAAACCACCACAAGAACCCAUACUGUCAAAUCCUGCUGAUAAAGAGAGUAGCCCCAGUCAUCCACCAACAAAUCCUGCUCCUGCUAAUGUUUCUUCACUUGUACAAAGUACUGAUGAAAACGAAAGCUCAAGACCCGAUUCUACCUCAAAGGAGUCUAAAUUAGUAUGUCCCAGUUCACAGGAAGUAGUUUCUGCUUUGGCCUCUGACACCCAAAAUCCUGAAUCGAUUCAGUUAGAAACCCGCGUCCCGCCUCCUCCAAUAACAUCAAAAAUUAGCUCGUCUGGCCCAUCAGUGCAGAGCUCCUCCUCUGAUCAUAAUCUGCUCGAUUCUAGUUCACAGAAGAGUCCAGUUUCCUUAUCCGCCAGUUCACCUUCUCUUUCCAUCACAGAAGAAACCAAGUCAGAAGAGUCCAGCUCACCCCCUGCUCCUGGCAUGCUAUCUUCAAAUGUUGAUAGAACAGACGCACAUGACUCUACAAGCUCCUCGCCACAAGAGUCAGCUGAAGAAAAUGUAUAUAAAUCUAAGAAUAUGAGUAACCAAACUCAACUAGAUUCCUUUUCCAAACUGUUGUCAUCACAGACUCUUUCAGCGGUUGACUCUGUACGUAUGGAAUCUGGUAUUUCUCCUGAAGCUAGUGGUUCAGAGCCAGACUCAUCCUCAAUCCAGUCUUCCACAAAAAAGUCAGAAAAAGAUAUUUCUGAAUCUGUAAAGAGUGUUUCUGAAUCAGAACAGAGCAUUUCUGAAACAGAAAUAGACACUUCUGUGUCAGAAAGGACUGCUUCUGAAUCAGAGGAGACCAUUUCUGAACGAGAAAAAGAUGUUUCUGAAGCAGAAAAGAGCAUCUCUGAACCAGAAAUACACGUGUCUGAACCCGAAAAGGACACUUCUGAAUUAGAAACGAGUCAUCCUGCAUCAGAAGAAUGUGUUUCUGAAUCAGAAAAGAGCCUUUCUCAAAUAGAAAAGUGUGUUUCUGAAUCAGAAAUACCUGCUAAAUCAGAAAGCACUAUUUCUGAAUGGGAGAGAGGUGUUUCUAAAUCAGGAAAAGACAUUUCUGAAGCAGAAGGUGUUUCUGAAUCAGAAAAUGCUGUUUCUGAACUGGAAAAAGAAACUUCUGAAUCAGAAAAGACUCAUCCUGUAUCAGAAGGUGUUUCUGAGUCAGAGACGGGUAUUUCUGAGAAAUCUGAAUCAGAAAAAGGAAUUUCUGAGUCUGAAAAGACUGUUUCUGAAUCAAGGGAAGGUGUUGCUGAAACAGAAAACAAUAUUUCUCAAUCAGAAGUGGGGAUUUCUGACUCAGUUUCAAAGGAUGGUGCAGAGGAUUCUGUGGUUCCUGAGUCUCCAAAACAUGUUAAAGGUGAUAUUAUACCUAGUAGCCCGUCUCCACCUGAGUCAGGUUUACCUGGUGCAUCUGGUCUUGAAAUCUCUGCUUCAGAAAUCGAGAUAAAAGAGGCCACUAUUACUGUACCCACUCCAGCAGACUCCCCACCUGAGCAUCUGCCACCAGAAAUAAGCUCACCUGUCAUUACAGACUCUACUCUUAAUGCGUCGCAGUCAGAAACAACUGCAGCUCCUCAAGAUGUACAGAUAGAAGCAACCCCUCCCUCUGACCUUAACUUCACAGGAGCCGGGGCACCCACCACAGCUGAAACAGUAUCAUGUUCUUCUCCUUUGCAUGAGUCAGUUGGAUCAGUUUUGUCCCCUGAAGCUAAAAAAGCAGAAACCAACAUGUCUGGAUUGCACACUCUCACUGAUACAAAUUCCCUUUCCAACCAGACUCUGUCAGAAACGGACAAAGUCUCAAAAUCUCCCUCCAGCACAAAUGAGCCUACCUCAGAGCAACCUGUACCUGCUGAAAAUAGUAAAACAGAGCCUGAGUUACUGGACGCGGGCGGGAGAAACUCGGAUCAUAUCGAGGGUCUGAAAGAAUCUGUCAGCAGUGGCAAAGCAAAUGACCAAGUAAGGCAAAGUUCUGAACCAGCGGAGGUCACAUCCAAGCAGGCCAAAUCAAGCCAGUCUCGCUACCACUCAUCCACAGCCAACGUGCUCUCAAGCAGCAACCUCAGAGACGAUACAAAGCUGCUCCUAGAGCAGAUUUCAGCUCAUAGCCAAAGCAGGAAUGAGGCUACCAAAGAGUCUCCCGUCACUGAUGACGAGAAAGAAGACAAAGCUGACAAAAAUGCUCAAAGAGAGAAAGAACGAGGGAUCAAUGCACUUAAUAAAGGGCAGCAAAAGUCACCACAGGAGCGAGAAAAGCUGCUGGAGAGGAUCCAGAGUAUGAGAAAGGAGAGGAAAGUUUACAGUCGAUUUGAGAUGUCAACUUAAAUGGGAUCCAAAGAAAGACGAGAUGUUAAAAGGUGGAUGCAGGAUGUGUAGAAGGAAGUGGAAGAUAUUUAUUGGAAAUGGGAUUUUUCUUCUGGGUUUUUAUGCAAAACAAGGUUUAUCACGCACAGAAGAGUCACGCAAUGUGUAUUGAAAUUUAGAGCAUAAAAAUCAGGUGAUACACAAGAUAAGACAAAAACCCCUCGUCCCAGUUACGUGUGAUAUCUUCAACAUGUUGUGGCUGAAUCACCGAGUUGCUCCCAAGCGUGAAAAGUGCUUGAACUGAGAGCAUGUCUGCGGGAUCAAACGUGUUUUUACUGACUGCAGGGUUACGUGCAAUGUGUGAAUCCAAGUUUCUGUGAAGAGGCCUUGCCUUAUUCUUUACAACGCUGACAGCAGCGUAAGUUAGUUUAUAUGACAUGAUGUUAAAGUUUAGAAAAUAGAUCGUCUGCAGUAGUCGGCUGUAAUAUCCCAUCGUUUGUAUUAUAAUGUUUCACACUCAUGUUAACAGGAUGUUGAUAAUUACACGCGUAUAUUUGGAAGUAAGUGGAUUUGUAAAACCACAUUCAUGCUGGUGUAAAUAAACUGUAACGUUUUUCAUCCUGAAUAUGCAGCUGAAAGUGAGGAAAUCUGAAAGAGAGUAACAGCUGAAACAUGAUGCACUUGCGCGUUGAUGUGUAAAUUAUGCACUGUGUCAUUCUAGUUUAUCCUGUUAAAACAGAUGUCAUUGAGGGUAAAUGUAACAUUUUCAAAGCUGCGUCUGGUUUACUUCAAGACCCUGUUUAUACAAAUCAAUCCAAACUUUUUACUUUGGACAGUUUUGGAGGAAGUUUAUUUUGCACAUGGACAGACAAAACUAUCUGACAGUAUGGAAUUGUAUUUUAUAAUUUGCUGAAACCAACCUUUAAAUUGUCUUUGAAAUGUUUCUGUACCCUGCAGUUUUCAAAUCAGUAACUCAUACCUAUGUGUUGAAACUGAUCCUGAAACUGUAAAGAGUUUACACACAAUGUAGAGCUGAGCAGUGAGAGUUCUCACACAUUUACAGUAUGUCUUCAUCGCCAUUUAAUGUUUGUAAAUAAAAUUUCUUAAAUAUGU